AUGACUUCAGAGCUGACGUGGUCUCGGGAGGGCAGCACUGGCCCCGAGCUGCCAUCACCUGUGCCGGCGCACGACGCUCAGCCCGAGCUCCGAGGUGGCAGCCCCGAGGAGUGGCACUUGAGGUUCAGAGCGUUCAACGGCUGGGAGAAUGCUGACCCCAUCGGAGACCUCAGGGUGCUGCGUGAGCUGUGCCGUCGGUGGCUGCGGCCCGAGGCGCACACCAAGGAGCAGAUCCUGGACCAGCUGGUGCUGGAGCAGUUCCUCAUCUCCACGCCUCCGGAUGUCCAGGUGCUGGUCAAGGAAAGUGGUGUGACGAGCUGCCAGGAGCUGGAGGAGCUGCUGCUGCGAGACAGCCGGAAGAAACCCUCGAGCUGUUCCAUAAUCAUCUCACAAGGACAGAAGUUCCUCCUGUGGAAGACGGGGAUGCAGAUGGUCGGAUCUGAGACUGGUGUUACGGAUGACGUGAUGGAAUUGUCCGGGCAGCACCUACCCUCUUGGGCUGAGAUGCCACCUGAGGAAGGCCAGAGCGCAGCCCAAGCCCUGCAGGUGCCGGCAGGGAUGCAGGCGCUGGCAGGGAUGCAGGCGCCGCCAGGGAUGCAGGCGCCGGCAGGGAUGCAGGCACCACCAGGGAUGCAGGCACCACCAGGGAUGCAGGCGCCGGCAGGGAUGCAGGCGCCAUCCGGGGAAGUGUGCGGGGACUGCAGCAAGAGUUUCUGCUACCAAUCCCAGCUGGCCAUCCACCAGCGGUCACACAGCGGCGAGCGGCCCUACCAGUGCAAGGACUGCAAAAAGGGCUUCACGCAGCCCUCCGACCUGCGCGUGCACCAGCGCGUCCACACAGGCGAGAAGCCCUUCGUGUGCUCCGACUGCGGCCACGCGUUCGCCCACGAUGCCAGCCUGGUCACCCACAGGCGCGUGCACACGCAGGAGCGGCCGUACGAGUGCAAGUACUGCGGCCAGUCCUUCAGCCACAAGGGCAACCUCAACGUGCACUGCCGCAUCCACACCAACUCCAAGCCCUACCGCUGUCAGGUCUGCGGCCAGUGCUUCCGGCAGCUGGGCACCUUCAAGCGCCACCUCAAGGUCCACGUGAAGACCGUGCCGCCUGAGCAGGAGCAGUGGCUGCACCGUAUGAUGGCAGCUUUUCGUUUGCUCGUUCAUUCGUCUGUGUGGGUGUUCGUGUGUUUGUUCGGUGUGUGUGUGCUGGUUGCGGUGGCGGUUCCAGCCCUCGAGAUUCCUGUCAUCUCAGUGUCGCUGCAGGAUGGCGGCGCCUGGGCUUGA